AUGUGUCUGCGUAUGAUGCAUGCGCCAUAUGCUGCUAAGUAUGAAAGAAAGAAAGAUCAUGUUGGUAAAAUUGAAACAGCAGCAAAAUUUUACAAUAAAAAAUGGGGUUUUUUAAAUCGUGCAGUUGCACAAUUUGCUGAUCGUGAACCUAAUUGUCAUUUAUCACGUUCAAAUCGAAAUGUAUCAAUAAUACCAUAUGGAGUAGACUCAGAGCAUUCAUCAAAACAACAAGUAUAUCCAUCUCCUGUACCAAUUCCUCCCACUACUUCUCGUCAAAUUGGUUGGAGAACGGCAGAUAAACAAUGUAGUUUAGAAAUAUACGGAAAAUAUGCGAAAGGACAAGAAUCUUUACACAAAAAAUUUAAAUGGCCCGUUGAGGGCUUCGAUUGA